CAAAGACGCAAAUUGUACCUAGAUAGCUUAUCUUUCUGCUUCCUCUCCCCUUUGUAUCCUCCCUCGCCCUCCUGGCAUUCCUGAAAACCAAGCACAACCACCAGUACUUGAAUCCUUGUGAUUCUUUUCCGAUCGCUUCAUUCAUAUUUUGCAUGAUCCUUCACUUGUUUAUUCAUUGAAAAAGUAUGAGUAACACAGUGAUUCCAAGAGUGAAAGUCAUGGUUUAUUUGGUCUACGACAGGGGUUGAUUCCACACAUAUCCGAUCCUGUAAUUUCACAAUUUUUUCGUGCCCUUUGUUUAUAUUGUUCAUAUUACAAAGUUCUCGUUUCUCCUUCAAACUAAAUUGAUGGAGGGUGGUGUUGUGUGUUGUUUUUGAAACCCAACAUCAGCAUAUAAAUCUUUUUUCUAUCCGUUGUUCAGUUUCAAUAAUUCUUGUUCACGAAAAGGUAAGAUGGGCUUGAUAACCGAAACCUGGAAGCGAUGCAAAUCAAUAGGCCGGGGUCGUCCUACUAAUAUUCAUGGAAUGGUGCCUGCUCUGACCACCAAGAGCAAGUCAUGCCCGAACAUCAACCUCGGGAUACCUGAGAAAAAGCGUGCGAGCAAGCGCCAAGUGGCUCCUGAAGGCUGCUUUACAGUCUAUGUCGGUUCCCAAAAGCAAAGGUUUGUGGUCAAAACGGAACACGCAAACCAUCCUCUCUUCAAGAUGCUACUUGAAGAAGCCGAGUCUGAAUUUGGGUAUGACAGUCGAGGUCCUCUUGUGCUUCCUUGUAAUGUUGAGAUAUUCUACAAGGUUUUGAUGGAAAUGGACGAUUGUGGUGACCAAAAGGUUCCUCAAGGGUGUGGCUUGGCUAAGCGUUAUGGCUCAUACCAUCAUCUUACCCCGUCUAGGAUGGUUGCCAUCAACCAGUUCUAGUUAUAAUGCAUAUUUAGCACUUUACAAAACUGAUAGCUUGCUUGGUUGAUGAUAAAAUAUAUGGGUUUGAUGUAUAAUUUGUGGGAUUUUAGAUUUCUUGAGUCUUGCAAUAUGUCAAUAACUUUAAUUGUUAAAUAUUAGGAUCGGAGAGAAUAAGGAGAUGAAAGAAAUUCAAGCUAUCUUUGUAAUAUAUAAAUCUUUUGUUAUGUUUUGUAUUUUGAAUAUCUAUUAAUUAAAUCUCUUCUCGGUCA